GCUCUCGUGUCAUCCGAGCUCACCAUGAAAUACACGCGCCGUGAGCUUCUGGGCCUUAGUAUACCGAAAGACGCCAUGUUUAGAAGGAGGGUCGUCGCAUUCGCCGCUCUGGCCCUCAUCCAGAUUGCCAGCGGUCAGGCCUCGCAGUUCAGCAGGGACGAGAGUCAGGAGGAUCAGAAGACGGAGUUCAACCUGGCCUCCACUCUGACGGGAGGCAUCACCAGCAGUCGGCACCGCCAGCGGGCCAAUCUCAACUCGCAACUGUAUCCGGGUCUUGCUCAAGUGGGAUCGGGCUACGCGGGAUCGGGCUAUGCGGGAGCGGGCUAUUCGGGAUCGGGCUACGCGGGCGCCACUGGAUCCAUCGAUGAUGCCCACGGCCAUGAGCAGGGUGGCUCUGGCGCACGAGUGGCCAGUACGAACUCUGUAGUUUUUCCUGGAAACCAGUCACCCAAUCCGGCGCUCACCAUUGCAGGAGGUCAACAGUUUCCCGCUUAUCCGCCUCCGGGCUUUCCUGGACAACAGGCUCCAGUUCCAUACCCAGCUGCAGUAGGAGGAGCAGGAGGAGCAUCAUCCGGUGGUUACCAAAGUGCAGCUGCUGGUUCUCCUCCUGGCUAUCCAGUUGCGGGAGCAGUUCCUGCGCAGUAUCCUGUGGGAGUUCCUCUCCAGCAACCAGCGGGUGCAGGAGCACCUGGUUACUUCCCGGGAACUGGUGCCUAUCCCAGCUAUCCCUACCCAGGAGUAUACUUGCAACAGUACCCAGGAUACCCGCAGCCAGCCCAGCUCCCCGCCUAUGGAGUGGUACCCGGAGCGGUGGCCCAGCCCGGAGUUCCUGGUGUAGCUGGCGUGCCUGGAGUUCAAGGUGUAGCCGGAGUUCCGGGAGCACCUGGAAUUGGAGGAGUCCCCGGAGCAGCUGCUCAGGGUCCUGCCACCAGCGGCAAGAACGUACAUCACUAUCCGGCUCACAAUCCCGCUGAUCCAAGCCAUUGGGACCAUCAUUUCGCGAUGAAUACCGAGUACAAGGAGGAUGGCGUUCACAAGGGAUCAUUCGGAGUGCUGAACAACCACAAUGCCUUUGGCUAUGGCAGUGGAUAUGGGGGCGGCUACAACGGCGCCUACAACUCGCCGACCUUCUGAAGCUGGCCGGGAUUAUGGGUGGACCGCGGUAAUGGUGGUGAUGGUGAUGGUGGUGGUGGUGGUGUUGGUUGGGCGUGAAGUAAUCGGAGUCGUAGUCAUAAGUUGGCUGCUGCCUCCUUGGCCAAAGGCAGCUGUCUUUACCCACCAUCCUGUGUGUCCCUGCGAAAUAAACUUGAUUUCUGCACACCCAA